ACCAUGUCUGGACGCGGCAAGCAGGGCGGCAAGGCUCGCGCCAAGGCCAAGACGCGCUCGUCCCGCGCCGGGCUGCAGUUCCCCGUGGGCCGCGUGCACCGCCUGCUGCGCAAGGGCAACUACGCCGAGCGCGUGGGCGCCGGCGCCCCGGUCUACCUGGCGGCCGUGCUCGAGUACCUGACGGCCGAGAUCCUGGAGCUGGCGGGCAACGCGGCCCGCGACAACAAGAAGACGCGCAUCAUCCCGCGCCACCUGCAGCUGGCCAUCCGCAACGACGAGGAGCUCAACAAGCUGCUGGGCAAGGUGACGAUCGCGCAGGGCGGCGUGCUGCCCAACAUCCAGGCCGUGCUGCUGCCCAAGAAGACCGAGAGCCACCACAAGGCCAAGGGCAAAUGAAAUCAGUGCGCAGUAACAUAGUGAAGUACUGAAAUCCCUUUUGUAUCCAACGGCUCUUUUCAGAGCCACUACAUAUUCAUGAGAAAAGCUGUUAGCUUUUAUCCUAGUGUACUCAACCAUGUAUUUGAGACUAUCUUAAGGACUCAUGACUGUUAAAUAUUAAGUUUCAUUAGUGGUAAUAAGAUUUACCAGGUCAUAGUUCAUGCUUAAAGUAAGUGCUUGGAAAAUCAAGUGGGAAUGUCACAAUUCACUCAAAGAGGGAAAUUUAGGGAAGCAACAAAUGAAACAAUUUCAGAGGAAACAAAAUGAAAGCGUGGAUAUCCAGCGGUACUGGCUAAUCAGGUGGUUGUCUUUAUUUUGCAAUGUCAAGUCUCAUUUCAAAACUAAUUAGAAAUCAUUCUAAUAUGAAUGGCCUUUAAAUGGUCCCUACUGUACAUCACAAUUAGUGACAAUGAGUUAGAACGUUAGAGAAUUUGUUCUCAGACCCCAAGAAUAACAAUGUCAAGAACAUAAUGACAUUUGUGCAAUCAGUCUCUUCCAAUCAACCAACGGUACAGUUUACCUUUCAGCCAAUGAUUUUGUUGCGCGGGUCUUUUGAAACACUGUGAGGCCAAUCAGAAU